AUGAACUGUGUGCUUAGGCGAAGGGCCCGCCCCUGCGGUGGGGUCUUCCAAGGAAAGCAAGAACUAAGGGACCGUCCGGUUUUCUCUCCCGCACAGCCCGGCUUCCCAAGCCCGCAGGCCCUGGAGCCGCCCACCCGCGGGGCCCCAGGCGAAAGCAAGCUCACGAGUGUCCGCGGGGCACACACCCGGCGCCGCAGCGGCCGGGCAUCGCCUACCUCGGGGAUUGGCCCGCGCCGUCUCGGGGGGAGGCGGGCUCACGUGGGGGUGGGCGAGCGCGGGGGAGGGGCCGGGAGGGGCGGUGCUGCCCGGCCCCGCCCCCCGCGCGGCUACACAGAGGGGCGCCCACGUGCCCAGCCCGCUCUCUGCAGCGCGGCGAUUCCGGCGCUCCUCUCCGCGCAGACCAGCGAGGCGGCGGUCACUUCUCAGCCUUCCCGAGUCGCGGGUCCCCGACGCGCUCCAGCCGCUCGCCCACCACCGCCCCCUCCGCGCGGCCCUUGCGCUGCCCCAGUAAGUUGCCAAAUCUCCGGCCACGCGGAGGGUCCUCAGGCGAGGGGCAGCCUGGGCGCCCUGGCCGGAGCGGAAGGGCUGGGGUGGGGGCGCCGAGAGCCGCGUCCAGCUGCGCGCAGCUGCCCGGAGACCACGCUCUAG